CUGUACGUUUAUCAGACAAAUAUUAUUUGUUUAGAGUUUUUGUGUGCAAACGUUCGUCACGUUUUACUUUCCCAUCAGUAAAUCUGAUUUUGAGAAAAAUUAAUUAUCUUGCAUUUGACCGUGUCGUAUUUAAUUAUUUUAUAGUUUUGUAACGUGGUCGAUAAUUUAUUAUUGACGGAUCUGCCGCCCAUCGAAAUUGUGUAAGUACCUAUGUAGGAAAUUUAAUAUUUAAAGAACACAUACACACGCAUAUUAACACAAAAUUCAUUGGAAACAAAAGAUUCUUGUCACCGGUUACGGUAUUCUUUCGAUUAAUUAUAUGUGUCGUCACAAAGGACUAUAUAGUAGUGGAGUAAUUACGGAAGGGGAUUUAGGUGUCAUAUUCCCCCCAAACCUUUUAUUUUUUUUUUAAAACUAGGAAACUACAUUUAUGUGUUUAUUUAACUUUAAAUAUUGUUGUAUUAUAUAGUCUGUUUUGUAUAAAUAAUACAAAAAAAACCCGAAUCCCCUAUGCUAGCUGUACAUAAAUACUUCGUAAUAAACGCAAGUGCAUACUGUCCUGCCAAACUGAAAGGCAGUAAUCAACAAUUUUUCAUUAAUGAGAUUAUUGUAGAAUACUCAUUGUUUGGCAAUUUUACAUAUAUUUUUUUAAGUUUUUUUUUUUUUAAGUAAAAUACAGUAUAAUAUCACUUUAACCCUCUAAAUGAGAUUUAAAUAUGUAGUAUCUACCUAACGAAUACUAGAUAAAUAAACAAUAAAUGAUAUAUUAUUCUAGAAAAAAACGCAGUAUAUGUUGUGUAGUUUACUGCUUAUAUGUUUGGUAAAUUUAUUUAGUGGCAUACAUACUACGUAUGUAUCUAGAAACCUUAGAUAAUAUAACCAACAGUAAGCAGUAUUUACAUGCUUUAAAUUAAAUGCCAAUAUUUUAAAUUCUUUUAGAAUUAAUUUUACAUUUUAUAAUUCCAUAAAAUAAUCAUAUUUCAAUGAGUUUGUUCCUAACUUUGAUUAGUCAGAAUUACCUAGUUUUUGUAUUUUAGAAUUGAUUAAUUUAUUAUUCAUUUUAAUUUUAGAAUCAUAAAUAGUUUAAUGUUAUGCUCACACAACAUAAUAUUAUACAUGUAUAAUUAUUUAUCAUUUAUAUCAUUACAAAAAUGUAACUAAUAGUUUUAAAUAUGGUCGAGUACUUGGUAUUUUACAAAAGGUAAAUAAUUUAAAAAAUAUAAUGGAUCGCUCACUAUUCGAGAGGGAUACAAGCUUAUCUACAAGCAAAAUAAUUUAAAAUGUGUCAAAUAUAAUAGAACUCAAUGCCAUCUGCUGCGACCCUUUGAGGUCACUGCCGCCUCAAUUAUACUAUUGUAUAUUAUCUUAUUCUCACAAUUCAUUUAUUAGUUAUUUUAUAUUGAUAUUGAUGUGAAGGCCAUUUGUUCCAUCUUUUUAAGCUCACAAAUUCCAAUGGGUUUUUUUUAUCAUUCGAGAAGAAUCAAUAUCUGAUCUAUUACUUUUAUUAAGAACAUUUAAAUAUGAGUCAAAUAAAAUUAAGCAAUUGGUACACAACAUCAAUUGGCCCUUUGAUGAUACUGCUGUGUCAUCAUUCUCUCGUACUAUAUACCAUUAUAAUUAUUUCUAUACAAAUUUCAAAUCAACACAACACUAUUUUUUUUUAUGGUUGACCUUUUUUUUGGCUUAUUUAAACUUAUAAAAUUUAAUGUUUUUUUUUAAUUGAAAAUGAAACGUCUUGACCCCUCGAGAAAUCCCAAGACGAUCACUUUGUCAAGAAUCCUGCACACAGCAACAAUUACGCUCCACCAACUUCUUUCGAGGAUCUCUCUCGAAUAGCUAGCNUUUAGCAGCUAUAAUCACUCGUGUUCGAUUUAUUUAUUAGUUUAUUUUAUAAUUUAACCUUUUAUUUUCUUAAUUUGAAAAUUAACAUUUUUUAUCUGAGUGCACACAGAUGCUAAGUGUUAAUUAAUUUAAUUGGUUUAUCUUAAUUAAACUGUGAUUGCUGUCCAACGACUCCAGGAUCACAUGAGGAUACCCAUAAGUAUACAUCCUAGCCUUCCAACACUGUGGGUAGGUAAAAUAAUUAUAUCUUUCUUUAUUUAUUGAUCUCGUCACCAUUCUCGAAUUCACGACUCAGAAUUCUUUUCAAACAUCAGAAGGAAGGUAAUAAUAUAAUUAGUCUGCUGAACUUUUAUUAUAAUUAAAGAUAAAUCAUUCUUUGUAGUACCAAAAACUAGAUCAAUUAUUUUAUAUUAUAUAGGUACAUUUUUAUACCUACUCCUCUAUAUUUUAUUCUUUGUAGGUAUCCUAUUAUUUUAAAUAUUUUCAUCUUCUAUUACUAUAUAUAGUGUCUUAGUCUACUACUAUCUCUCCCGCAACACACACUCUUUAUCCCCCCUUCUUACUUUUUCAAUUUUUUAUAUUACUACAAUAGGUACUAUUCAUGUUUAAUAAGUAUGUAAUACACAGACUAAGUUAUGAUCCAUUAGAUGUUUUGCUGACAUUUUGACAUUGUACUUGUUUGCUGAUCAUAACUAUUUAGGUUCCUAAGAAUGAAUCUUAAUUUUAAAAAAGUUAUUUUUUAUUAAUUAAAUACAUACAUGGUUAAACUACGGUGUUUGUAAUUUGUUGUUAUUUUUUAAAAAAAAGAAAAAAUAUAUGAAUGGUUGAAUUGUUUUUCUAAUUGUAGUUUAUAAUAAUUUUUGACUAUCACAAUGGCAGUAUCUACUUGAUCUUGACAAAAAUGAUAUAGAUUAAAAAUAUUUGAUUUAGGAAAAAAUAAAAUUAUCCAGAUGAUUUUUGAGGUAAAUAACUACAAAGAAUGAUCAAAACAUUAUUUAAUAAUUUUGUUAACAAGCAAAAAAGUUAAAAAAGAAGAAAAACUCAUUUGCUCAACAUUUACAUUUUUGUAUUUCCUCUCAUUAUGGUAGGGCAGCAUAGGUAUAACUUUUGGAGUAUUUCACAAAUAUAUUGAUAUAUUGUUUACCAAACAAUAUAUAUCUAAUGUAUCAAAUAUUCAGCUUUAGUGCACUAUAUGCCCUUCAAAACUUUCGAAAUUUUUUUCGUUUUUUGAAAAGUUGGGUUUUUCAACAUUAAAAUUUUUAAUUUUUUUUUUUUUUGCGAACACCAUUAUUAAAUUAUUAAAAAAUGUUUGAAUAUUAUGAGACAUAUAGAAGUCGUGCAUAUAAUUUGUAUGGUUGAGUUUAUGGUGAUCACCUAGGUACCCUAUAAGUUUGUCAAGCCAAAAUAAAAUUGGUGGUUUAAUUUUGAUUUCAUAUUAUUUUUGGUUUUGGAAGUUGACGGAAAGCCUAAUAUCUUUUUUUUAAUGAAAUUUAAUUUAAUUUCAAAAAAAAAAACUUAGAAUUGAAAAACACAUCUCUUAUUAUUUAAAAUUUAAAAAUUGUGAGGGUAAAGUAUAUUUGUUCCAAUAUUUCUACAAAAAUUCAUAUUUAUUUACAUUUUAUGAAAAUAGUUUUAUAAAAUUGAAAAUAUUUAUUAUUAUUUGUGUGGUUCGUUCUAGGUUCUUGCACUCAUCACAGAUAUUUGCAAUGGUUUUACAAUACAAAAGUACAGGUAACAAUGCUAAUUUUUAUAUUAUCUUAUUAUUUUUUUAUUAUUUGAUUGUUUCAUUGUUUUACUAAUAGCGGUUGACCCACCAGCUCACUUGAUAAGAGGUGUGAACAGUCACGAAAGUAAGUUAACUAGUUUAAACUGCAUUUUCUUGUACUCUACUGAGCUAGUUAUUAAGUGCAUUACAUCUAUUUGAUGGUAAUGUUUUUUGAAUAUUAUCAAUCUAAACAUUUACAUUUUUAAAGUGUAGUAAUACCUAUGAAUUUACAAUAAAUCUAAUUUAUAGAAGUGAAUCUUUAAUAUUACUUAUAAUUUUAUGUUUUUAAUUUUAAAUAUACUUUCUUUAAUUAAAAUGGGGAUAUUUAUUUCAAUGUUUAAAUACAAUGUCAUCUAAUUUUUAAACCGUAAUAUAAAAUGUGGUUUAUAAGUUUAAAGGGUUUACAUCAGGGUUGGUAAAAUGACAAAGUGUAUAAAACUUAUCACAACUAAGAUAAUACUUAUUUUUUUUUAAGUUUAUUAUCAUAGUGAUAAUGCUGUACAUUUUUAAUUUGAAUAUGUAUUUAAACUUAUAAAUUAAUAUAACAAAUUAACAAAUCACAUCAAUUUGGUGAAUUUUCUUAAAUUUAGAAUAAAAUAAAAACAAAACUAAUUUCCUUUUUUUUAUUAUAAAUUUUGGUGUAGUUAUUAAUAAAGAAUAAAGAUAAACUGAGUGAUUAAUAUAACAAAUCAUCACAUAUAUCUUAGAUAAUUAAUAUAAGAUACAACAUAUAUAGUUAUACAAGUUAUAUGAAAUGAUGAUUAAAUUCAAUUAAAAAUUAUUUUACCUGGUAAUUUCUGAUUAGUUGCAGCAAAAAAAUUAUAUACAGUAUAAAAUGUGUACAACUAAUAGUUUUAUACUUUAUGGUUCAUAUGUUUUAUACAUACCUAUAAUAGAUUAUAGUACAAUAUGUGUUAUAUACUUUACUGUAUUAUACAUUUUAACCCUGAUUUCCAUAUUUCUGUAUAUUAUAAUAGAAAUAUUUAUUUUUCAUUUAAACAUUUUUUUUUCUUAUAAAUUAUUGUAAAUAAUAAUAACACAAUUAAUUUGGUUAAAUUUUUUUUUCUGUGAACCUGUAUAAUAUUUUAAUUUAUAUUAUAUUUGAAUUUAAGAAGCUGGCAUACCUACAUAUUGUGCUGUUUUUGUAUUACAAAUACAGGACAUAUCAAAUUUGCAUUUAUCAGAAUCAUUUAUAUGUUAUUAGUUUUAAUAUUAAAGUGCAUUGACCUGUUAAAAAUCUUAAUGGUGUUAGCCUUUUGAUGGGAAGAAGUGCGUUUAGGCCUACAAAUGGUUUUUAUUAGAAUUUAAACAAUACACAGUUGACAAGUUAUAUCUAUAAGUGAAAACCCUGAGACACUAGACCCAGGUCAAGACUUAGUUGUAAUUAUCAGGUAUAAAUACACUAAAGAAAUGACUGGAAGGGUUGAUGUCGAUAACAUUAAAUGUUUAUAUAAAUAUAAACAAUAAAUUAAUAAAUAUUGUCUGCCAAUUGUUUAAUACAAAAUCUCAGCCUUUUAAUUAAGAUAAACACGAGUAUUUUGAAAAAUGCUAAAAUUUAGCUCAAUUUUUUUUUCCUAACAUAUAGUAAAUGUUAUAUUUUAUAGAUUUUUGAUGAUCAAUAAACGAUUAUAUUUUAUUAUUUUUAUUAUUAUUGUUAUUAUUAAUAUAAAAUUGUUGUAUUGUAUAGAUUUUAUUGGUUAGCAAACAGUAAUUUUCAUAUUAAGCCUUAUAAAAAAAAAUGGUUGACAAUAUCAACUUGGGAAUAUAAAAAUGUUUUUCCUAUAAAAAAAUACAUACAAUUAGACUACCUACAUGAAUAACUUGAAACCAAAUUAUAUUUUAAACUGCUUUUUGUUUUAAAUUUAAAUAUUUUUUUUUUGAAUUAUUAAUAUGAUACAAAGUUAGACAAUUUAUCAAAAAAUGUCGGUUUUUAAAUUUUUUAGACCACAGUGGCAGUUUUAUGGCAGAGCUCCCCUCUUGGCUCUUGAGGUUUUUUUUUUUUAAUUAUAAUAUUUAUCUGUGGGCAAUCCACAGUCUUGUUAUCAUACUGCCUUUCUCAUACAGUAGAGACUGUAUUAGUGUGGUCACUUAUAUAAACCUACCAUUACCUUGAUUUUUUUUUGCACUUACUGUAUAAAUAUCUUUCUUUUUCUCCACCCCUCCAUCAAAAGUUGUCAAGAACCCCCAGUGUUUUAUGCCUACCUAUUUUAAAUAUUUUAAACAUGACCAAUUUUGUAUGCAAAAUAUAAUGAUAUUAUUUGUAAAUUCCAAGUAUAAAUAUAAAUACAAUUUUAAUUAUUAAUUAUUAAUUAUUAUUUGAAUUUUUUUAAAUGUAUGUUAAUUAUGUUUUUUUUUUUUUUUUUAGAUGAUGUACUGAUUGAAAAAAUGACACCUAUAGAUGUAUGGUUUCAUGUGGAAAAUAUGUCAUCAGCACACGUGUACUUGAAAUUAAGAGAUGUAUUAUUAUUAAACUUAUUUGAACUGAUCAAAAUAGUUAAUAGUUGAUUUUGGCUCUAAUAUUUUGAUGUUUUUUCUGGAGUAAAGGGAGAUCUAUUGGUUUUUAUAUAAUCUGUUUUAUUUUAUUUUGUUUAAUUCAAAAUUGACAAGAACUCCUUUUUGUUUUGCAUUUUGGAUCUAGUUUUUGAGUAAGAAUGUUGUUUUUUGAUUUUUCAUGUAGUUUUUUCAAUAAUUGAAUAAAACAAAAAAAGAAACAUAAAAGAACAACAAGUUUACCAAAAUAUUAUCAUUAUUUUCAAUUUUGUUUUUUGUUGUAAUUCAGUUAAAAACUUGGUAAAAUUUUCAAAAUAUUUUAGUGAUUUUUGAACUGUUUGGAGGUUUAAUGUAAUUUUUUUUUUUGGGGUAGGUAUCCACAUAGUUGUGGAUAUAAAUUAAAAAUUGAAGAGCAAAUUCAUUCUAAGUUGAACUUAGAAUAGAAGAAAAAAGUAAAGGGUAAUUUAGUAUUUAUAUAUAUAUAUAUAUAUGAGUUCAAAUUUUGAUAAAAAUCAUAAAAAAUAAGGCAUUCAAUUUAUAAUUGUUUAUUAAAAAAAAAUAUUUUAUGGGUUUGUAGAUGAGAAGUUGGGAUGGUAGAAGGGAUUGUUAUAUAUAUCUGUACAUUGUAUAAUACAACAAUUAACCAUUGCUAAGGAAACGUGAUUUUGAGAGAAGUUUUCUUAAUAGUGUUAAUUUUUCAACAAUGUAUAAUAUGUCAAUGUUAUGUCAUAUUAUAGUAAAUUAGUUACAUAUUAUGCAUUAUAUAUUUUCUUUAAAAAUAUUUGUUUAAUAUUGUACCUAUUUUCUCAUUUUUGUAAGUUUUUCAAAUUUAUUAUGGAAACUGCUGGAAAAAUUAAAAAUGCAAAAUUCCUGGUAAAAAUGUUAUCCACAAAGAAAUAAAUAAACAUCAUUAUAAAACUAAUACAAUCCUCUCUUUGCUCAGAAUCUAAAUGAGCUAAAACUGCUGAUGUGUAUGUCUCAGUUAUAGUUACUUAAUUUAUAUCUAAAGGCAACUAUAAAUUUAAUUGUUGCUAAUGCAAUGCAAUGUAAUUCUGAAGGAAGUUUGACCAAGCCUGUAAUAUUUACAAUUUUCAUCAAACUUUGAUAUUAAAAUUAUUAUUAAAAGAAAAACUGCAUUCCACUCAAAUUUUUUUUCUUGACCACCAAGUGCAUCUUAUUAUGAACUUCUACUCAAUUAUCAAACAUUUUUGUUUGGUCUAACAAUUUUAUUCAUAUAGUAUCUACAGAACAAAAAUGAUGGAUAAAACUAGCAAAAUUAAAAUACUUAUGAAUAGCUCAAAUAUUUUGAAAAUUUUAUCACUAGUAAAAACAAAUAUAAUUUUUCUUUCCAAAUUUCAAAUCUCUAUAAACAUGAAUAGAAUGACAACAAAAACACAAUAUUGAAAAUAUUAAAAGCAUUAUUUUUGAAAAUUUCCCAUUUUUCCUAUUUAUUAUGAAAACUCUUUGGAAAAUUUAAACAUGCACCAACUCUAUCUAAAAUAUAACAAAAAAGGUGUCUUGCCAUUUUUUGAUUGGAGUAAGAUUUCCAAUAGAAAAAUUGCUUCUGUGAACAAAAAAAAAGCACACUAUAAAACCAAUAUAUUGUGAGUGGAGAACACUAAUUCAUGUUUAAUACAAAUAUAUAUACGAGGUCUAACCAAUAAGUAAGGAGACUAAUUCAAUAAAAUACGUAUAUUUAAAUAUUAAGAUACAUCGAUGUGAUCCUCUUCAAAGUACUCCCCUCCCACCCCUAUACACUGGUUCCAACGUUUUUUCCAGCUCUCAUAACAUUUCUGGAAGGCNGGUAAAAAUACAUUUUUUGUUUUAUUACCAUUUGUUAGAAAGUAAUCGUCCAGGGAUCAGAAAUUUUCAAGAAUACAUGUUAGUGUUAUAUUUAAGCAAACGAGGAACAUGUACAUUAUUUCCAAAAUACACUUUGACCCAGUUAUUUAUACCUAGCUAUAUAUUAUUUUUAUUUUUGUUUCGUUUUACAAAGAAAAUAUAUACAUAUUUUAAACUCAGUAAAAUAAGAUUAAAUAAAAAAAACGUCUGAAUUUACAAAAAUGUAAACUUAUUAAUUUCAAAAAUAAUUAAUAUUAUCCUAUUAAAUAAACGGCAUACCCGUCUUUCUGUUAUUAUUUGAAUUAUGCAAUUCUUUAAUAUAGUAUGAUCGUAAGAUCCUCCACGGUUAAAAUAAACGACCAAUUUUAACUAGCAAUAGGAGCUGAACUAUCGCAGGCCUCAUGCCUCUUACUAUACUCUUACUUCAAUAUAUUCACCAACAAUAUGCCGGUUCAAGUUCACUUUAUGGUGUUUGUGUAAAUUAAUCGAAACCCGAAUUAUACACCGUGCUGCCGUAAAUUAUACUAAAUGAGUGUGCAGCAAAUAAUGCUGGAGAACACAAAUUUAAAAUUUUAGGUUGGACAAGCGACUUGUCUUGCCCUCUUUCUCCUGGGGACGCCCAUGACAAAUCAAAUAUAUAUUUUUUUUUAAAACAUUAGCUGAAAAUACUGGACCAGCUGAAUCCAAGGUUUUGGAAACCCAUGAAAGUAGUAAGUAAUUAUUCAAAAUUAUGAUCAAUAAUAGAUUUUUAUAAUAUUCAGAAACACCUUAGCACGACUCAGGGCUUCAUCACCGAACACUUUCACCAAUUUAUCGUACGUUUCCAUAACGGAAUCGCCGAGUUUAACACAAAAUGCAUAUUACGUUGUUCCAUAUUUGUGAUACGCCUUACAAACACGUUGUCGAAAACAACACAACUGGAAAACUAAUUAUUGUACGAACAUCGCGAGCACAUGUAUCGAUAGAGGAGGGAUGAGAGAUUAACCGAACGAUGUUUCAGAUUCGCAGUGUUACCACAAUCGUGGCAAAAAAAUAGUCUCAUUACUUAUUGGUCAGACCUUGUAUAGUUAAAUAAUGAAAUAAUUAUGUAAGCAAAAACAAAAUUAUUAAAAUGGUUAUUACUGGUAAAUAAAUAUCUAAAUAAAAAAAUAAUUAAUUAAUGGAUAUGCCUGGUGUAUUAUGAUGUAUGAAUAUUUUAUUUCUAUACAUACACUUUUUAUAUUUAUAUACUAUAUAUAGUUAAAUGUUUUAUACUUUUUGGUCUCAGGAAAACCAGACUUAAUUCAAUUUAAAAAAGUUGGCAUAUGAUAAUGGGGAUGGGUACAACCACUGGUGUAGGUAAUUUGAUUUAUAUCUGUAAACAACGAUUAACCACUGCUAAUGAACAAAUGAUUUUAAGCAGAAUUUGGGAUUGAUAGUGUCAAUUUUUCAAUAGUAUAUGUAUGUCACAUAAUGGUAAAAUAAUUACAUUUAGAUUAUAUAUUUUCUUUAAUAUUUGUUUAUUAUUGUACCUAAUUUCCUGUUUUUUCCUAUUUGUCGGGAAAAUCAAUAAAGACCUCCCUAAAGUACCUCCCUAAUCAGAUUUCCUUUUAGAAAAAAGACAUAUAAUUGUAAAUUGAAACAAUUGCUCCUAGAAAAGCUGAUCUCAGAAAAAAUAAACUAAAUUAUUAAUAGGUAUUUUAAAAGAAAAUUGCUAAAAAUUAGUUUAAGUCCUUUUUUCCUGGGAUUAGAAAUUUAUUAAUUUAAUACUAUAAGAAAAUUUGCAUUAAAAAUAAUUAGUUUAUACACUACUCUUGUACAUAAUAUAUAAAAAUAAUUUUUUUGAUUAAAUUUUGCAAUCAUCAAUUAUAUUACAUUUCAUAUUAUAAGUUCAUUGUAAAUAUUAUAUGUUCUUCGGUGAUCAAAUUUUCAUGAUUUUUUUUGCAAUAUUUUGACAUUUGUACCAAUUUUAUAUAGAGUUAACAUAUUUUUACUUAAAAAUUAAAUAAUGUUAAAAAAUGUUAUAGGAUGAAACAUUAGAUGAUAUACCCAAACCACUAUUAGAAGAUGCCUGCCAACUGGUUAAGGCAAACAGCAUUCAAGGUUGUAAAUUACCCGAAGUAAAGGUUAUCUAUACAAUGUGGUCAAAUCUGAAAAAAUUACCAGGCAUGAAACCUGGUGAAGUGGCAUUUCAUCAUCCAAAUAUUGUAGGCUUAUAUAUUUAUUUAAUUAAUGAAAACAUAAUAAUAUAGGUUUAAUAUAUUUAGGUGAGAAAGGUAGUUGUGAAAAAAGAAAAGGCCAUAGUAAAUAGAUUACUAAAGACAGAAGAAUCUGUUGAAUAUGAUUAUGAAUGGUAUAAAGGAUCUUGGGAACAUCAACAAUUUUUUAAACAAAAAGCUGAACAAAAACUACAGUUAGAGAAGAAAAAAGAAGAAGAACGUAAAAGACGUGAAGCUAAUGAACUCAAGUAAAUUGUAGAUUUUACCAAUAUUUAUUGAAAAUAAAUUCAUAAAUAAUAUUUAUUUUUUUUUUUUGUCUUUUAUUGCAGAUGUUAUUCUUCUCUUAUGAAAACUGAAAAUAUGACAGCCAACACUGAUUAUUCUGGCUAUGACUCUGAUACUUUCAUGUGAAAAAUAAAAAAUUAUUUUACUAGUUAAAUUCUAAGUAAACGGAUACAUUUUAUUAUUAUUCAUUUUUCUCUCCUUUAAUUUUAAGAAAACAUAAUAUGAGCUAUUUAUUAUUAAAUUAAAUUUGCUGUAAUUCAAACAAAGACAAUUUAAAUUUGUUAAAAAUAUAAAAUAAUGUAAGAAUUUUUUUCGUUGAAUUAUUCUUUUAUACAUUUUUCAACUGAACUAUUUAUUUGUAAUGGGUCAAUAUUUUCAGCUUGAAAAUUAUUAUAUAAACAGUCUUUAUGUAGCAUUAUUUUAUGAAAAAUAGUUAGCCAGAAAAAAAAUACUGAGUGGCUUAAUAAAUGUUUUAUUGAUCCUGCCUGAGUAAUUGUUAAUGUUAAAUCUCUAUUAUUUCAUUUUCAUACUCAUAAACAGUAUUAACUGUACAAAUAUUGAAAUUUCAUCUAGUUUUUACAGCCCGUGGUAACCGAAUACCAACUAAUUUGUCCAAUACUGCUACUCUAUGCGGUGAAUUAAAAAAAAAAAUAACCAGUAUUUCUGAUAAAUUUGAAAAAAAUAUUAUAACUUCUUUGUUUUGAGAAAGAGAUUGAGUCAUAAUUAUGUUUAAUUGAUGUGCAUAACAAUGAAUGUAAUACUCAUAUGGGUAAAAUUCCUUUACUCUAAGGUGUUAAGGCCACUUUUUCUUCCACUUAUUAAUACCGCCCCAUCAUACGAUUGUGCUAUUAGUUUGUUUUGAGUAUUUUUCAAAAUAGGAUUUAUUUCAGAUAAUAUUGUUGAUGUUAAUGAUUCUGCAUUGUGGCCAUCAAGAUUUGAAAACUUCCAAAAUUUUUCUACUGGUUGACCUUUUAUUUCAUGGCGAAAUACUAUAACUGACUGAAACAUAUUAAUAAUGUCAGUAGCUUCAUCAACUGUUAUAGAAACAAAUUGCUCAAUUUUUAAUUCAAGUAAAAUUUUUUUUCUGGCAACGAGAAGUAUACAAUCUAACAAAUUGUUUUGUAUUAUUUUAGAAGUCCCUUUAAACACUUUCGAAUUUUCAAAAUUACUACGUAGGCUUAUAUCCAAAUCUUUGCAUAACUCAACUACACCGAGAAAAAUUACUUUAUUAUUAGAAUUUAUUUUUUUAUCAUGACUUCUUAGUGGUAAAUUAUGUUUUCCAUAAAAUUGUAUACAGUUUUGAAUUUUGUCUAAAAUAUAACGAUUUUUAUCGACUUCUUGAUUAUGACGUUGUAUUCCAACUUUGUAACCAGAGUCCAUUUUAUCCAAAAUAUUAAUGGUACGAAGUACUUUAAGAUUAGCUUCAUUUUGUAAAUGAAUAAAUUAAUUCUCGUGUUUUUUAAUUUUUUCCGGUAAAUGACCCAAAUGAGUUACUACUGUUUUAGUCCAAGAAAUAUUUUUAAGGGCCGUAAUAUUUAUGAUUUUCUUAAAAAUUUGAUUUUAAAAAUUGUAAAAAAAAUCUAGUCUAAAAAUAGUCUAAAGAUUUAUCUGCAGAGUACCUAUCAAAUAAAAAUUACGUAAAAAUCUCACAAAAUUAAAUUGUCUAUAAAUAGUUCCAAAAUAGCUCAAAUGUUCUGAAAGUUUUAACACAACUAAAAAAGUAAAUAAAGGUUUUCUUCAAAUAUUUUAAGUCUAUGAAUAUUUUAGCCUGUAUUACAACGAAAAAACCAAAUUUAAAUUAAUUAAAGCAUUAUUUUCGUAAUAUUUCUCGUUAUUUCUAUGUUUUUUUCGGUUUACUUAAUUAUUAAAAAAAUUACAAAGAAAAUCAAAAGCUGACUGACUUGGUCACUAACUAAACGUACAAAACGCAACAAAAAAGGAGAAAACAUAAGUCGUACAAAUUUAAAAAAAAUGAAAACGUGCCGUAAUUUGAAAAAAAUCGUACCUUUAUUUCGUCUUUUUUGGUUUACCCCGAACUACUUUAGAUAUCAAAAACGAUUUUCUUUGUCUGUGGCUAUGUAUUAAAAGGAGGAAAAUCGAUCUAUUGUCAUUUUUCUAUUCGAGUAACAUUUUUGGUAAAAAAUUUAAGUAUAACACAAUAAAAACUGUAACGCCAUGGCGCGCCGUUAAUAUUUGCCAUUUUACCUAUAAUUUUCUUAGACAUUGCUGAGUAUAAAAUUUUUUUAGAUGAUAAUUCAUCAAUCUAAUAUUAAUAAUAACGAGUUUUUUUUUUAAAAAAAGUCAAUUUCAUAAAAUAUUUAGCCAUUUAUAUUGAUUAUCAACUAAAAUGGAAUAAUUAUGCUAAUCGCCUAACAAUGUG